AUGAAGGGAAUAUCUUAUGGAGUGGAGGUAAUCGUAUUUGUUUCGGUAGAUAUGCUCUUCAGGCACUUGAACCCACUUACAUCUAGACAAAUAGAAGCAGAGCGACGAGCAAUGACACAAUAUGCACGUCGUGGUGGAAAAAUAUGGGUACGUUUAUUUCCAGACAAACCAGUUACAGUAAGACCUACGGAAAGCAGCUAUAAAAGGGAUUCGGGGAAAGGAUCUCCCGAAGAUUGGAAAGGCGAUUUCAAUAGCGGCGCCCAAAAUGCCUAUACGAACUCAAUUCAUUAUUGCGGGAUAGGGAUGUGGAACCAAAGGAAAGAGAUCUUUACCCAUUUGAAUGUAGCGGACAACAGCGGGGCUCGAGAAUUGAUGUGUAUUCAAAUCAUAGGAGCUAGUAAUCGCCGAUAUGCUCAUAUUGGUGACGUUAUUCUUGCUGUAAUCAAAGAAGCAGUACCCAAUAUGCCUCUAGAAAGAUCAGAAGUGAUCAGAGCUGUAAUUAUACGUACAUGUAAAGAACUCAAACGUGACAACGGUCUGAAAAUACGAUAUGAUGAAGCUGCAAUGCUGCAGUUGUCAUUGAUCAAGAAGGAAAUCCAAAAGGAACUCGA